AUGACAGUCAAGCUUGAGGCCCAGAUUGAGGUCGACAGUGUCCUCGCCGAACCCGCUUUACUUGAGGAAAUUGACAGGUUAUUCGCCUGCAAUGUGGGCGAAUACAUCAAUCUACCACAACUGGUCGUGGUCGGAGAUCAAUCCAGUGGCAAGAGCUCUGUGCUGGAGGGCUUGACAAAGCUGAAAUCUCCCCGAAACACUGGUCUUUGCACACGGUUUGCCACGCAGAUCAUUUUCCGGAGAGAUCCGAGCUUGAAGGGGAGGAAAAUCUCUGGCUUGAUCAUUUCAACAACGAACAAAGAUUUAAAAGGAUAA